AUGUCCGUAUUAGUGGAAGAAAAAAUUGAAAAUGAAGCUAAGAUAAGUACUAAUAAGAAUGAAUUAAUCAAGAAUCAUGAAUUGAUGGAAUGGCAUGCAAUCAGUGGAGUACUAGCUGUGACAACAUUUACUGAUAAAGUUGGAAGCGCAAUUAACUUUUUCACACCUCAAGCUCGAAAGAGUGAGUAUGAGCCAAUUCAUAAGCCUUACGUACGAAUCACACAUAUUUGUUGGCAUCCCGUAAUUGAAAUUAUUGCUGCUGGCUAUGAUACUGGUGAAGUUCUGCUUCGUUUCGUUCAAACCAAAAAAGGUAAUAUAGAAAUUGAAAGAGUUUAA